AUGGCUGAAGUUGAACAUUGGAAGCGAAUGUAUACAGAGUCGGGGAGAGAUUUUUUUCUUCUCAAGUAUCAGAAAAUUGAGUUGGAGAAACGAGUUAACGAACUUGAGAAUCAGGAAGCGUUGCGCUUGAUAGAUGAACUUGAUUUGAAACAUUUACUGGAAGAUGUUAAAAUCAAGUACGAUCGAUUGUUGGUGGAGUUUCAAGAGAAGAAAAUUGAGUGUGAGUUGGUAAAGAGUGAGUUGAAGGAGCUGAGUGAGAGUAAGAUCGGUGUCGGAAAUGGACUCAAGGAGUACCAUAUUAUGUGUAAUCGGUGUAAAGAGCGGAGGAAUAAGAGUCUAAAGGAGGAGAAGAGAAUUGCAAAUGAAAGAGAGAAGAAAGAAAAUGAAAGAAUUACAAGUCUGGAAAAAGAAAUUAUGAAGAUGGAAAGUGAUCAGAGGGAGAAAUGUGAUGAGUUCAAUAAGGAGAUUAUGGAAUUGGAGUAUGUGAAAAGAAGAGCAGAAGAUGAGAUAGAGAUUUGGAAAAAGAAAUUUAAGGAUUCAAAGUGUAGUAAAAGAAGAGCAGAAGAUGAAAUACAGAUUUGGAAGGAAGAUGUUACUAAUUUGGAGUGUAGGAAAAGACGAGCAGAAGAUGAAGUUGAGAUUUGGAAGCAGAAAUUUAAGGAUGCAGAGAGUGGGAAAAGAAGAGCAGAAGAUGAGACAGAGGUUUGGAAGAAGAAGUUUAUAGAUUCCGAGUGUGCGAACCGAAGAGCAGAAGAUGAAAUACAGAUUUGGAAACAGGAAUUUGAGGGUUUGGAGUCUGAGAGAACAAGAGCAUAUGUUGAAAUUAACCUUUUAAAGAUCAAGUGUAUGGAAUUAGAGAUUCAAGCAGGGGAGAUGCUGAAUCAUGGAGCUGAACUGGAAGAUUGUAAAUCCAAGUGUCAUGGUUUGCGGGUAGUGCUUAAAGAGAAGGAGGCUGUAUGUAUUGAUCUUCAUCAUGAGCUUAUGGUCUACAAGACCAAAUGCAAUGGAAUGGAAGAGUGCAUUAUGAAAUUAACGGAAAGCCGAAAGGAUGGAUUUGUAAGAGAGAAGACGGCACUGGAAAGAAGUGCUUACUUCGAAAGAUGUGUUAAGAAGGUGAUGAGUGACAAGAGCGAGUUGCGUGUUCAACUCGGUAAGGUUAUCGAGAAUUUGAAGUGUGGGAGAAAAAUUGCAGAAGAUGAAAAUGAAGUUCUAAAGAAGAAAUUAUUGGAAUUGGAAGAAUAUAAACUUAAGUACCGUGGUGUGUGUAAAGAGAUUAAGGAGAAGGAAAUGGAGUGUGCUGGUGUACUGGAGAACCUAAUGUUAACUAAGGUUGCUCUUGACCAUGAGCUUGAGGAUUGCAGAACCAAAUGCAGUGGAAUGGAAGAGACAAUUAUGGAUCUUAAAAAAGAAUGA